GCGGGAGUCUGAUUAUUAAACUCCUAGUGAAAGCAGGACUGGAUCUCUCUGCUGUGCAGCGGGAGUCUGUUUCCCAGCCCUGGAGAUAGAAGGAGCUGACCUGACAGACAAGAGACAGAGAGAGAGACAGAGACAAAGAGAGAGACAGAGAGACAGAGACAGAGAGAACACAAUUAAUAAAGGAUGCGUUUGCUAGUUUGGUCUGCUCUAGCGUCUCUCUGGAUCACAGUGUGUUUCUGUUAUGAAUCCAAUGAGAUGUUUGACUCCAGCGAAGCUCUGUUUCUGAAUCCCUACAGUGCGAACUCCUUCAUGAAUUCCAACACGAAUCGGAGACAAACUGGAUACUACUAUGAGAGGUUGAUGGAACGGUACAAGAGCCCCAGAGAGAGGCAGAAAGAGAGCUGUGAGGAGUACACCCCAUGUGACCGCUUCGCCCGUCGUUACGGUUACCAGCAAGCCUAUCAGCGCUACUUCGGGGGGCGGGGCCAGGCCGCCAGGGGGCGGGCUGAGAAUGGGAGGGGGCGGAGCAGGCUGCAAUAGGGUGGUGCUUAAAGAGAGAGAGAGAGAGAGAGAGAGAGAGAGAGAG